AAACAUUUCACGUUCUCCACGGUGAGUUGUUUAAUUGCCCACACAGGCCCAUAUCACGGCGAGAGAGCCGAGUUCAAGCUCUGUGUAGCGGUUUCUAUUGCUGUUAAUAGGGGGAUCCUCUUUGCUGCUUGUCUACAGCGCAGACACGCGACUUAUAGAAGUGUUUCACUGGACAAUUCGACGCGUCUUGAAACAAAUGCUAAGCACAGACACAUGCACAUAUGAACUGUAAAUGAAUUCUAGAUUACUUUUAAGAGGGCUUUCGUAAACAAUUUAUAUGUCCUCAAUUUCCUUGUCCGACCUGGAAUGUGUAUAUAACUUGUAUGAACAGCCCAUUGUUUCCGCUUAGUUUUUGUAAUAAGCCAGAAUACACUCCUUGGAAACUGGUCAACUCGCUUGAUAAUGACGACUGGUAAUACCUCUUCGCAGAUGAAGCUUCUCAUGGAGAACAAACAGAGCAGACUGAAAGCAGAAGGGCUAUACAUCUACGACUUUGAGCUGUUCAACAAAUGGCUAUUGAAGGAACAGGACUUGUUCGAUAUAUUUGCCUGCAAUGGAAUCAACCAUACAUCAUGCCGUUACGUGAUUCACUACUUGACCAGGGAGCUGAAAUCACGGCUCGGUGAAAUUGACAAGAACAAUGUGUCAAGACACGAACUAUCCGCACUGUAUGACGUUUUCAAGCCAAGUCUGGGCCAGUUCAACCAAGAUGAUAUAGAAUUCGCCAAUAGAUUCAUCAAAUCGAUGUUCCCAUACGGGGGUUGCUCAUAUACAGGACCGAAACUGCAAAAGAUGCUUACGGAAUCCAAAUGGAUCACCAUUAUCCUAUCACUACGUAUUGUCUGGUCUCUCUUACCAGAGGCCAUUGUUCCUUGGGAUACCUUUGAGAAAUUCGCACAGUGGGAGAAGAAUGAAGGGUUCAACAAUUUUCAGAGCUUCUAUCAGCAGCUGCCAAUAUUUAUGCCCUCUCAUAAUCACUGCUGUGUCUUGUUUGAAUUUUUAGAGAUAUUUAUCACCAUAUUCGAUAACGACUAUUUACUGGAUCUGAAAAGCGCACUUGAUGUUGUCUAUACAGCUGGUCAGAUUUGCUUCUCUAGAGAUACUUAUUGCGAAGGUACAAGCGAUCACCACAAGGAUGACGAUUUACAAGAACUGCAAAAUUUCUACUACAAGAGAGGCUACAGCUUCCAUUAUAUAUUUGUGUCUUAUCUGAGAGCACUGUCGAAGGAAUCAACGUUCAGCCAAUUUGCUAUGUUGGAUAUCUUUGACGUUGUAAAGACAUAUCCACCAGCUGAUUACAAACCAGUCACUCAAAGGGCGUUGACUCUAACUGUUCCCUCUGAUGAAGAGCUGAAAACUACCAAUUACUUCAAGUUGAUUUCAGUGGCUGCUAAUUCUUCAGCAAGGAUAUACUCGUCCAACCACACUUUCACAAAGUACGAGAAUAAGUUCUUGGACAAGUUUGAAGUCAAUCCGUACAAGGUGAUUGAUAACUUCUUUUCAAAAUCUUCAAAGAACUACUUGCUCAAGUUUGAUAGGAACUUGAAUUUUGAUAACUUCAAAGUUAACAGUACCAUCACAAAGAUGAGGAAGAGUUUGAAAGAUGACACCUUGUUUGCCAACAAAGAGUUCAUAUCAACAUUCAUCAAGGACUUCAACAGAUACGGGUUUGAGAGUGAGAGGGAAAAUGGUAAUUCACCAGAGACUUUCCUCCAAGAUACUAUCAACAUGAACUUUAGCUCGUCAUUUGAUCAACUGAACUCGAAUCCGGUUCGUUUGUCCAAACUGGAGAUUAGUGAGUGGUUCAUCAACGCUUGGAAGUAUGAAACGUUUCUGGGCUAUUUGCAAAACACUGCUGUCAUCAAGUUGACGAGAACUAUCGGUGACUGUGAUUGGUUGAUUUUAACAUCUCAUGACAAGGUUUCUGCCAAUAAUAGAUAUUUGACACCUCCAAACUCAGCUGGUGUUGAGGACCAAGAAGCUAACGAUAUCUCAAAGCAAGAUAGGAAACCACCGCGUAAAGAAGCUCAUGACAUUAAACAAAGGUCAGCGACUCCAAGAGCAAGUAUGGUGAAGAGUGCUCAAUUUGUCAAUGGGGCUUCUCAAAGUGACCCUCUGCCAAAGCUUAUCUUGAUCUCUAACGAUACGCCACAAUGUACCAAGGUGGAAACGCCAAAGAGAAAUAACGAGGACAAUUGCAUCAAGAGGGCCAGUAUUGUUGCUAAGAAAUCAAUGGAGAACUUAGCGUCGAUGGUAUCGAGUGACAGCUUCUCGACGAAGAAGGAACCAACAAACGUUGUAACCAUGAACGAUACCAUCGAUAGCAUUUUGCAGAAACCAAUGAAGCCUAUCGAAAGAUCGUCAAAUAACCUUUCCAGUCCUAAAAGAGCAUCUGUCAUGACUAUUGAAAAGGUCACGGAUAGUAUUGCAGAGCGAAGCUUUGAGAAGGUCAAGAUUGUCAGUGUUGGUGAAAAGGUCAAAAUGGUGAGCUCAUCAGAAGAUGUGAGUGUUGUUACCAGUGAGAAGGACAAGAAGGCAGAAACUAUUGAAGAGAAAGAAGAGGAUGACACUGCUUCUCAAGGUCUAAUGACAUUUGAGAAACCACCUGCAAGAGAACAAACAUCUAGAUAUAUCUAUCAAACACCUCCACAGUUGUGUUCUCCAACCGUCCCACCUCCACUGAUUCAAAGCUCACUUAAUGUCAAUUCAAUGGAUUCUGUUACCUCCAAGUUUGUCACAGAGAAGUUGAAUAGGAACCCAUCAGAGAUAUUUGGAAAGUUCAACCUAGCACAGGUGUCUCCACAAAGUGUUCUUGAGUCAAAAUUCGAAGGAGCAUACUCUCAAGAUAAGGUCCCCAUGAUCAAGACACCAGUUCCACCAGCCAGUAAGAGCAUCACCAUUGAACUUCCCUCUACUGCUCAAUGUAAUGAGCUAAACGUUGACAAUGGCUCUCCGAGGAACCAUUCAUCGAUUCUGAAUCAUAGACCUUCACUGAAAUCAAGAAAUACAAGUGGUCAGUCACCAGUGACCCAGAUGCUUCCAAAGUUCUUCAGGAAGCCUUCAAUGACCAAUGAUCUUUCCCGGUCAGAAUCGAACGAUUCCUUGUCAUUUAUCAAUGACGGCUCAGGAACUGACAAUAUCUCGAAGACAAGAAACAAGACAGACUCUGGCAAGACCACAUCAGGAGAGUCGUUUGAUACACAAGCUCGUCUGGUAUAUCACCAGGGAACCUCAUCUAGAAGGAAGGAGUUUAUAUCAAGAACGACACCACUAAGCAGCCCACUAGCACAGGUUGAUUCUCCACAGCUGGGGCUUAGAGAACCAAGCUUACAAUCCACUAAGCAGCGGAUUGGAAAGAGCACUGAAAGUCUCGAUAGUGCUUUUAGUGGGAAGACUGAUUCCUCAAAUCAGAACAACUCGUCAUUAGACUCUUUCGCUGAAGAUGAUAACGACGAUGCGACUACUGAUACUCAAGAUACAAGUUUGCAAGAGACAGUAACUCAUGAUACCAAACAAUUGACAUCUUUGGAUGCCCUUACAAGUGAAAUUUCUGACACUUUACGAUUUUUUGAUGAACCCACCAGUGAAGUAUCAAUUGAAGAUACACAAUGAAUACAAAAAAUUCAUAUAAUUUGUAUGAACAUGCUUUAUAAUUUUAGUUUAAGUAGAGCUCUCAUAUACAAUACAGCUAAAAAAUGAUUUAGAGCUCAUCGUGAACAGUUA